AACAAAUAGAAGGCAGCGGCGCCGAAGCUCCCAAUACUCACGUAGUAUUAAUUCGCAUUUGUCGGAAGAAAAUAAAUUCUGUUGAAUACUGGUGAUGUCAGAGCUGCGCUCCAAAGUUAUUAAUCUCUAUAAGCACUUGAUCUACCUUGGCCGCGAGUAUCCCGGCCUAAAUGGGCCAGAGAAGUUCCGUAAACAAAUACGUGAGGCAUUCGUAAAGAACAAGGAUGAAAGUGAUCCAAAAAGAAUUAUGGCAUUAGUGGCCCAAGGUCGCUACCUGGCCAAGGAAGUGGAGGCGCUGUACUCGCUAAAGAAGUACCGCAGCAUGAAGCAACGCUAUGAGUAGGCGCUGCUUGGGCGGAAGUGAAUAACUCAAGGACUGUGGGUGGAGAGAAUUGUUUAUAGACAGAAAUAUGCCUUUGCUUUAAUGUUUGCCAAAACAUUUGCACACCCAAACAUACACACACACACUAAAAUACGCGUAUAUUUGUUAUAUUCGAAUGUCUUUUCAAAAUGUCUAACUUCAAUUUACUGUUGAUAAAAAACGACUUAGUGAAUAAAAAAAAAGAAACAGUCAUUAAAUAACAUGAAAGCAACAUAACA